AUGAUAACAAAAAGAUUAUUAAACUACUCUACAAGAGCAGUCUAUAAACAAUCAAAGAGUUUAAACUCUUUGAAAUCAUUCACUAGAGAGUAUAGCCAAAAUAACAACAGCCAAAAUAAUAAUGAUCAAAAUAAAAAGAAACAAAAUUUCUUUUAUUCAAUUGUUGGUGUUUCAGCUGUCGGCUUGGGUUUUUGUUCAUUAUUAAAUCUUGAUGAAAAAGAAAAGUCGAUCGAUGUUGCAAAAAAUAAUAUAACUACAAAUGAAACAAGUAAAAUUCCAGAUGAGGCUGCCAAAGAAUUAAUUUUAAUAUUUUCAGAAAGAUUUGUAACAAGUACAGGUGAUUUAGAAGCUCAUGGUAAAGAUUUUUCAUAUCACGAACGUCAAUGUCCAGAUGCAAUCGUUUAUCCACAUAAUCAAGACGAAGUAAUUCAAUUGGUAAAUAUUUGUAGAAAAUAUAAAAUACCCAUUAUUCCAUAUGGAUCAGGCACAUCAUUAGAAGGUCACACAAUUGCAACUCAUGGUGGGUUGACUGUAGAUUUUAGAAAUAUGAGCAGGGUUUUGGAUAUUCACAAAGAUGAUUUUUAUGUUACAGUUCAACCAGGUAUUUCUUAUGGCGAUUUAAAUGAAGAGUUAAAGAAAAUUGGUUUCUUUUUCCCAGUUGACCCAGGACCAGGUGCUUCAAUUGGCGGUAUGGUUGGUACAAGUUGCAGUGGUACCUAUGCAGUUCACUAUGGCACAAUGAAGGAAAAUGUACUCUCAAUGAAGGUUGUUCUCCCAAAUGGUGACUUGGUUACAACAAGAUCAAAGGCUAAAAAAUCAUCUGCUGGUUACGAUUUAACCCAUCUUUUUAUUGGCUCCGAAGGUACUCUUGGUGUAGUUACCGAAGUUACUUUAAAAAUCGUUCCAAUCCCAGAAUGCUCACAAGUUUCAUUGGUAACUUUUGAUGAUAUUUCAUCCGCUUCACAAUCUGUAAUCAAAACAAUGCAAUCUGGUCUCCAUAUUGGUCGUGUAGAGUUGUUGGAUGAUGUAAUGAUGAAGGCUGUUAAUAUUGCAAGUGGCACCAAAUAUUCAGAAAAACCAACUUUAAUUUUUGAAUUCUUUGGUUCAGAGGAAAUGGUUCGUGAAAUUACAAAGCAAGAAAGAUCUUUAGAUUUUCAAUUUUCAUCAACACCAGAAGAAAAGGAAACUCUUUGGAUGGCUAGAAAAGUUGCACUUUGGAGUUCAAAAGUUUUAAAACCAAACUCUGAAGUUUGGAUUACCGAUGUUUGUGUUCCAAUUUCAAAACUUGCAAGAAUUAUUGAUGAAACUAAAGUCGAUAUUGCCACAACUUCACUUUUAGCACCUUUAGUAGCUCACGCUGGUGACGGUAAUUUCCAUCUUUUUAUCCUCUUUGAUCCAAAUAAUCAAAAAGAACUUAGCGAAGCUAAAUUUAUUAAUGAUAGUUUAGUUAAAAGAGCAAUUGGUUAUGACGGUACAUGCACUGGUGAACAUGGUGUUUCAUUUGGUAAAAUUAAAUAUUUAGAAAAAGAAUUAAGUCCAGAGUCAGUUGGUUUAAUGAAGACAAUAAAGAAAUCAAUCGAUCCACUCAACAUUAUGAACCCAGGAAAAAUUAUUACUGUUGAGGAAUUUAAUAAAAACUAA